AUGACUUCGAUUGGUACAGGAUAUGAUUUAUCUGUUUCAACCUAUUCUCCCGAUGGACGCGUUUUCCAAGUAGAGUAUGCAAAUAAAGCAGUUGACAAUAGUGGUACUGCCAUUGGUCUUCGUGUAAAGGAUGGUAUUGUUUUAGCAGUUGAAAAGCUUGUUCAAUCAAAGCUUCUUGUUGAAGGUGCUAAUCGUCGUAUUCAAAGUGCAGAUCUUCAUAUUGGCAUUGCUACUGCUGGUUUAUUAGCUGAUGGUAGACAUCUUGUUAAUAGAGCUCGUGAUGAAGCUCAAUCUUGGAGAGAUAUUUAUAGACAACCUAUUCCUGGAAAGACAAUUGCAGAUCGUUUAGGACAAUAUGUUUCUGCCUAUACUUUAUAUUCAAGUGUUCGUCCUUUUGGUACAAGCACUAUUGUUGGUACAAUGACUGAAAAGGAAGGACCCUCUUUAUAUAUGAUUGAACCAUCUGGUGUUUAUUGGGGCUAUCGAGGAUGUGCUAUAGGUAAAGGCAAAUCUGUUGCAAAGACAGAAAUCGAAAAACUUGAUUUAGAAAAUAUGACUGUUCGUGAGGCUAUCAAUCAUAUUACUCGAAUUAUUUAUACAUGUCAUGAUGAUGCAAAGGAUAAGGACUUUGAAUUAGAAUUAAGUUGGAUUUGUGCAGAAUCAAAAUAUAAACAUCAGUUUGUACCAAAGGAUAUUAAGUUGGAAGCAGAAACAUUAGCAAAGGAAUCUUCAGAUGAUGAAAUGGAAGAUUAA